UAUAGACGAACAGUUGUCGUACCGGUUGUCAACCGGGUGAGAUUGAGGGAGGUCAAUCCGCCUUAGUAUGCGUCUGUCUUAUCGUUCCCCAUAAAUGAGCGAUAAGGGCGCCUGAGAAAUAGCUCGGGACAGUUCUCAGACGAAGCUCCAUCACGAACUUUCAGUGACACUAUUACAUUCAUCAGCUUGCGUCCCUCCCGCGACAGUGAAGCCCUAUGGAGCGGAGUCCAGCAGAGGAACUACGGAGCAUGGCUCAGGAGCUGGGACUGCGGGUGAACAGCCCCGAGUUUGCUAAAGCCAUGGACGGAGCGGAUCCUCUACGGCGUUUCCGAGAACGGUUCUGCAUUCCUCGUGUCAAAGACGUGGUGGACGGGACCGACCCAGGAUCCACGAAGGAAUGCAUCUAUUUGUGUGGCCACUCCUUGGGCUUGAAGCCAAAGUCUACGGAUGAAUACGUGCAGAAGGUCUUGGACAACUGGGCGCGGACGGGCGUGGAGAGCCACUUCCGAGGUAAAUUCCCCGCAGCAUCCUGCGAGGCAGCUCCCAAGAAAAUGACUGCGGACCUAGUAGGAGCACACGAGGACGAAGUCGUCGUUAUGAAUGGACUAACAGUGAACCUGCAUUUGCUGAUGCUAACCUAUUACAAGCCUCGAGGGAAGAGAUGCAAGCUGGUUAUUGAAUGGGACGCCUUUCCGUCAGAUGUGUAUGCGGCGCAAUCUCAAGUAGAACACCAGGGCUUAGACCUUGAGUCGAACCUCAUAUACCUGAGGGCGAGAGAGGGUGAACAGUUGCUUCGAGAAGAGGACAUCCUAGACUUGAUUGAGACCCGGGGAGAGACCAUCGCCAUGCUGUUGCUUCCUGGAGUGCAGUACUACACGGGGCAGUCGUUUGAUAUAAAAAAGAUAACUGACGCCGCUAGAUCCAAGGGCUGCGUUAUCGUUUGGGACUUAGCUCACGCCGUUGGCAACGUGAAACUGAGGCUCUCCGACUGGAAUGUUGACCUCGCGGCCUGGUGUUCGUACAAGUACCUGAAUUCCGGGGCUGGUUGCUUAGGCGCAGCCUUCGUCAGCAGAAGGUUCCAGGAGUCCCAGGGCCUCCUUCCAGCACUGAGGGGAUGGUGGGGUGUCAAGCCUCAAACCAAGUUCACAAUGCUAAGAGAAUUUGAUCCGUGCACUACCGCCGAUGUCUUCAAGCUUUCAAACUGUCCGCCUCUUCUGGUGGCUCCCAUUAUGGCAAGCCUUGAGAUCUUCACUGAGGCCGGAGAAGACGCGAGGCUACGGAAGCAGUUCUUGUUGACGGGCUACCUCGAACUUCUGCUCGAGGAGGAACUGGGAGCGAACCACGACUUGGCAGACGAAGCGGCGCCGUUCCACAUCAUAACUCCGCGAGACCCGGCUGCGAGGGGGACGCAGCUCAGCAUCCACAUCAGACAUCGACCACCUGAGGUUCAUAAACUGUUCCAUGCCAAAGGCAUUAUUUGCGAUUUCAGAGCGCCAUCCGUGAUCAGGCUGGCUCCGGUGCCGCUCUACAACAGUUACUCGGAUGUCUGGAACUGCAUCGAUAUCCUGAAGGGUAUUGUCACAGAGCUGGCCAGUAGUUCAUAUCAAACCAACGGCUGCUAGGAGUGUUACUGCAUGUCGACGCGUUGCAAAUAAAGCUAUGUUGUGUUACCCUA